AUGUGAUUGUAUAUGUUCAACAUUUCAAAUUUCACCAAUUUCAUUUCAUGUGAUAUAUAAUAAUCCUAUGUAAGAAUAGAGGCAGAAAGCAGCAGCCUAUUUGUCCCACCAUCUCUAAAAGCUUGGAUUCCAUACCACUGUUUCACCAACCUUGAACUUCCCACGUGCUUUCUUCACAUUUGCACCAGUUUUGGAUAUACAUUUCACCAUUAUAGUUUUUGAUUGUUGUGGUGGAGAAACUUGUUGAUGAAUUCCUUUUUGUUAAUGGAUGUUAAUCUGAAGUUGGUGGAUGUGGCAUUUUGCCUGCUGUUUUUGGUAUGGAUUUUGUGGGAUUCAUCCGGGAAAAGAAAAGAAGCUGGUGCUGAUGAACAUUUUGUGCGUAGAGAGAGGUCUUCACUCUCUGCCAAAGUUAAUGUUCUAUUGAGCUGUGUAGUAGGAGUUUCCUACAUCAUCUACUUGCUUCGUGAGUUUUGGGAGUCAGUGAAUUUCCCUAUUGAUGACAUCUUCUCUGCUAUAGCUUGGGGUUGUGCAUGCAUGUUGGCUGUUUAUUCUGUGAGCAUAGGAAAGAAGAGGUGGCCUUUACUUCUCAUUCUGUGGUGGGUCGUUUCGAGCAUUUGCUCUUCGGUUGCAGUCUCCUUUUGCUGUCUCCGUCAUUUUAGACACAUAAAUGAGCCUAAGUUUGUCCCAAAAGCCAACACGGUUGAUUUUGCUGCUAUGCCGUUGUCAUUGCUGAUGUGUUUGAAUGCUCUACUUAACAAUACUGUCAAGAAAAAGAGCGAUGCAACGAGACCUUUGCUUUCAGAGCUGGAGAGCGAGUCAGGAUGUGAGAGUGAUCCUUUUUCCAAUGCUGGGAUUUGGAGUCUCCUCACAUUCAGGUGGCUUAAUCCUCUCUUUCACAAGGGCCGUUGUGAGAAGCUCCAAACAGAAGAUGUACCACCAAUUCCUCAAUCAGAAACUGCAGAUGAGGCUUCUUGUUUGCUCGAGGAGUUUUCCAGGAAGCAGAAGACUAGCAUGCCCUCCCUGUCGAAUGCCAUACUCUACUCGAUCAAGACGCCCCUCGCCAUAAAUGCGGUUUUUGCAGGAGUCAAUACAAUUGCUUCUUAUAUCGGUCCACUCCUAAUUACAACAUUCGUAAACUUUAUGUCAUCAAACGAUGAAAAUUUGAAAUGGCAUCAUGGUUUGAUUCUUGCACUGAUCUUCUUCUUUGCGAAGAAUGUGGAGUCACUAUCUCAAAGGCAGUGGUACUUUGGUGCUCGUCGGCUUGGCAUCAGGGUCAGGGCAGGUCUGAUGGCAUUGAUAUAUAAGAAAACUCUGGCCUUGAAGUAUGGUGGUACGAGAAGUGGUAAGAUCAUUAAUUACGUCAACGUUGAUGUUGAGAGGAUUGCAGAGUUCUGUUGGCACUUCCAUGGCAUUUGGCUGCUCCCGUUUCAGGUCACCUUUGCCCUGGGCAUCUUGUACAAUAAUUUAGGGGCAGCUCCCGCUCUUGCUGCUUUUUUCACCACCAUAUUUGUGAUGAUAAGCAACACGCCGCUUGCCAAAGUGCAAGAGAAACUCCAUACAAAGAUAAUGGAAGCCAGGGAUUCGCGGAUAAAAGCUACUUCAGAGUCCCUGAAGAGCAUGAGAGUCCUGAAGCUGCAUUCAUGGGAACCGACUUUUCUGAAAAAGCUAUUCCAUCUCAGGGAAACAGAAAGAGGUUUCUUGAAAAGGUACCUCUACACAAGCUCAGCUGUGACUUUUCUUUUCUGGGCUUCGCCAACAUUGGUUUCAGUUGUCACCUUUGGGGUGUGUGUCUUGUUGGGGACGCCAUUAACAUCAGCCACAGUUCUCUCAGCUUUAGCCACUUUCCGAAUUCUUCAAGAACCUAUCUACAAUCUGCCAGAGCUUAUUUCGAUGGUGGCUCAGACUAAAGUCUCAAUUGAUCGGGUGCAAAGUUUCAUAAGGGAGGAAGAUUCGAAGAGAUUGAUGCAUAGUCAUACUUCAGGUGCACCAGGUGUUGCCAUCGAGAUUGAAGCUGCCGAAUUUGCAUGGCAGGAUAGAGAUGCAAAAAAACCAACCAUCAAGAUAACAAAGAAGCUUAGAAUCAUGAAGGGGAGCAAGGUGGCUGUUUGCGGUUCAGUGGGCUCUGGUAAGACGAGUUUUCUCUGUAGUAUACUCGGUGAAAUACCUAGAGUAUCUGGGCCAAGUAUCGAAACUUAUGGCUCAAAGGCUUUCGUGCUUCAAAGUGCUUGGAUACAAACCGGUACUGUUAGAGACAACGUACUGUUUGGUAAGGAUAUGGAUAGAUCUUUCUAUGAAAAUGUGGUGGAAGCAUGUGCGUUGAACCAUGAUAUUGAGAUGUGGGCUGAUGGAGAUUUAUGUGUCGUGGGUGAGAGGGGGUUGAACUUGAGCGGAGGUCAGAAACAAAGAAUUCAAAUGGCAAGGGCGUUGUAUAGCAACUCGGAUAUAUAUCUGCUCGAUGAUCCUUUUAGCGCUGUCGAUGCACAUACUGGGGCUCAUAUGUUCAAGAAAUGUCUAAUGCAACUCUUGCACGACAAGACCGUAGUCUAUGUUACUCAUCAGUUGGAGUUUUUAGAUUCCUCUGACCUAGUAUUGGUCAUGAAAGAUGGAAGAAUUGUGGAAUCAGGAAAGUACCAUGAUUUAGUUUUGAAUCCUGAUGGGGAACUGAUGAAACAAAUGGCAGCCCACCACAAAUCUUUAGAUCAAGUGAACCCUUCCAAGUCGAACCCCCCAAUGAAGCACCGCCAGUCUAACAGCAUAGAAGCUUGUGAAGUAAAAUUUAUCGACCUUAGUAGAAGCAACCCGGUUUCAAAGAUGUGUCUGUACGAAGAAGCAGAGAGUGGGAGAGUAAAAUGGCACGCAUAUGCAGCCUUUGUGACAGCUGCAUAUAAAGGAGCUCUUGUUCCAAUCACCCUGUUAUGUCAUGUGCUUUUCCAGUUGUUGCAAAUGGCUAGCAACUACUGGAUUGCGUGGGCGUCAGAUAGAGAAGAAAUCGUUACAAAACAACAGUUGAUUAAUAUGUUUGCUUUGCUCUCUGGUGCAAGCUCCUUGUUUGUUUUGGGAAGAGCAUUUCUCUUGUCAACUAUUGCCAUAGAGACCUCUCAGUGUCUUUUCGUUCGAAUGAUGAAAUCGGUGUUUCGUGCACCGUUGUCGUUCUUCGACUCCACCCCUUCAAGCCGAAUCCUGAAUCGAUCUUCAACAGAUCAAAGCAUAGUGGACACGGAUAUUCCAUACCGGUUAGCUGGACUGGCCUUUGCGAUUAUCCAGCUAUUAGGCAUCGUUGCGCUCAUGUGCCAAGUUGCCUGGCAGAUCUUCUUCCUCUUCCUCGUGGUUUUUGUUGUCUCCAUAUGGUAUCAGGCAUACUAUAUCAGCACAGCGAGAGAGCUAGCCAGAAUGGUUCCUAUUCAGCAAGCUCCGAUUCUUCAUCACUUUUCUGAAUCAAUAGCUGGAGCAACAGUAAUUCGGAGCUUUAACCAGGAGAGCCGAUUUUGGAAGACAAAUGUAGAUCUUAUUGACAACUACUCUCACGUUGCAUUUUACAACGCUGGUACAAUGGAAUGGCUCUGCGUCCGGAUCAACUUUCUCUUCAACCUCGUCUUUUUUCUCCUCCUCGUUAUUUUAGUCAGCCUUCCACGAUCAGCCAUUGACCCAAGCUUGGCUGGACUAGCAGCUACAUAUGGUUUGAAUUUAAACGUGCUACAAGCAUGGGUGAUAUGGAACCUCUGUAAUGUAGAAAACAAAAUGAUAUCCGUAGAGAGGAUCCUUCAGUUCACUGGCAUACAAAGUGAAGCUCCUCUGGUCAUUGAAGAUCACAGACCAGAGAUGGAUUGGCCUCGUGAUGGAGAGAUCAACGUUGAGAAUCUCCAUGUGCAGUACCACCCCGAUCUUCCUAAAGUUCUCAAGGGAGUCAGCUGCACCUUCCCAGGUAAAAAGAAAAUUGGUGUUGUGGGAAGAACCGGAAGUGGCAAGUCGACUCUGAUCCAAGCACUCUUCAGAGUGGUCGAACCUUCACAGGGACGUAUUCUGAUAGAUGGAGUCGACAUUUCAAAGUUAGGACUACAAGAUCUGAGAUCGAGAUUGAGUAUAAUUCCACAAGACCCGACUUUGUUUCAAGGAACGUUGAGGAUGAAUCUUGAUCCUCUGGAAGAGCACACGGACCACGAGAUAUGGGAGGUUAUACACAAAUGUCACCUUGCUAAAAAUGUCAAGCAAGACGAAAGGCUUCUAGAAGCACCAGUUGCUGAAGAUGGAGAAAACUGGAGUGUGGGACAAAGGCAGCUUGUAUGCUUAGCUAGAGUGUUGCUGCAGAGGAGAAGAAUACUAGUCCUGGAUGAGGCCACAGCAUCGGUAGAUACAGCAACGGAUAAUUUAAUGCAGAAGACAAUAAGAGAAGAGACAAAUGGAUGCACCGUUAUAACUGUGGCCCACCGGAUUCCCACGGUAGUGGACAACGACCUCGUUUUGGUUCUUGGUGAAGGUAAGGUAGUGGAGUACAACUCUCCUUCGGAGUUAUUAGGCGAUAGCAGCUCGGCCUUCUCGAGUUUGGUGAUGGAGUUUCUACGAAGAUCAUCUAUAACGGACAACUACCAAUGAGACAAGUUCAGAGGUUCAAUCGUUGAAUAUAGGUGGCUCUUUUCACACUUGUAUAACUAGCAAAAGGAAAUCAUAACCUAGCAGUAGCAGUGACUUUAUAACUCAGGAAGAAAUAAGAAUAGGUAGUUAGUUCCAUUCACGGCUUCGAGAAUCUGCAUUUGGAGAGCGAUCAGUGAUGUAAAUAUAGGCUAGAAAAUAUCUCAUGCUAGUUUUAUUUUCUACUCCAUCUGUACACAAUUACUAGAAGUCAACUAGUCAUCCUGUUUCCAUUUUGAGUUAUCCAAAAAAAAUAGAACCUUAAAUUUUUGUUAA